GAAACGUUUACGCAGAAGGCUUAGCGCGCUCGGCUGGGUGUUGCUGUCCGCCAACUUGCCGAUCUGCUUUCCCACCAACAGAACAGACGAAGGUGAUUGAGAAGCGAAGUAGUCGAAGGGGGUGUACUCGUCAUUGUUGUUGCAACGAGCUCGGGCAUCAUGGCUGAGCAGGGGAACGAGGCACGCGACAGAGGUCGCAACCGUCAGGCACCCCGCCUACCUCGACACAGACCACAGCCGCUAAACCUAAAGCUCGGUGAUAACACCGGCAAUGCAGCUGAUGACGAGCCUACAAGUACAGCCGCAAGAGUUGGUACCGGCAGAACAGACGCCGAUACCCACAAUCGCAACCAAGCAGCCCUCCAUCUCCAGCGAAGUCGCAACACAAACUUGCAAGCCUUUACCCACCACCUCAACACAAACUUCCUGGUGCCCUUCUCUCCACUCUCCAGCCCCUUGUUGCGCACCUUGCUGCAGAACAGCAUGUCCACAGCUCAACUCACGCGUUCUUCUGCAGCCCCACCAACGUCCACCUCACCAACGUCCCCCGUACCAACCUCAAACGUCCCUUCUUCCUCCAUCCAUUAUCUACUCCAUCACCAACUUUGGGGUUUGCAACCAAACACAAACAGGCCGCACAACGCACAAGACAACAACAGCACCGCCAGCACCACCAACAACAACACCACCACAACUACAAACAACACCACCGCAAACAACACCACCACAAACAACGACGACACCAGCUCAAAGGCCCAGCCUCAGGACAGCAGCCACAACACGCCUUCAAACCCCGUGCAGCCCCACCCACUCGCACAAACACAGCACAUCCCUUCACCAACAGCGCAGCAGAAGACGUCGAGCGAAGCAUCAGCCCAUGGACAAGAUGGGCAGCCGCAAAGGCCAAGCGUGUUCUUUGGACCCGACUUUCCAACCGUGUUUGAGGAAGGUGCAGCCAACAGCAACAGCAAUGACACCGGCGGCCUUACUUGCUCCCCGACUGCAACGGCACCUGAUCCCCUCUGGGCAGCACCACCAAUGCUGGUUUCUGGGCUCCCAGACGGCGACGACGCGUUUCCUGCAUUAACACCGUUUUUGACUGAAGGUGGCCAAUUGUUGCUGUCUCGUUUGCAUUCCCCUGCCCCUUCAUGCCGGCCAGAUGACACAAGCGCUGUCCUUGCAACAGCAGCAGCAGCAACCACAGCAGCAGCAACGACAGCCACAACAGCAGCACCAGCAGCACCAACAACAAUGACAACAACAAGAGCAGCCACGAUGACGAUGCCGACGCCAGCGCCGCCGCCACCACCAGUAUCAGUGACAGCAGCGCCAGCUGCAACGACCACUUCUCCCACGACCUGCUCCACCAGCUGUACCACCAGCACGCUCGCUUCUGGCGCGGAACAACCUCAGUCAAGACAGGCAGAGUCCACAAUAGCGGGCACUCCACGCGCCAAGGGCACGGGUGGAUUGAACAUCGGCCUGUUGUGGGCCCAGCCAACAACAGCCUUGCCGCCACAACAGGCUCGAGUAUCGCGCGGGAUUUUGGGAGGCGGCUUGCCUUUGCGAGCACACGACAGACUACGUGGCAGCCACCCUCUGCAGGUUUUUGGGGGCACAGCCAGCAAGAACCCGACAAUCACCAGCACCAAGAGCGCCACCCACGCAUCAACACGCACAAUGCUUGACCCGGAAUUAUCAACGUCUCCAUCGUCAUUGUCAAGCACGACCCCUUUCACAACCACCGCUGCCGAUCCUCGUGUGGCAUCAGCCCACGAACUGGACGCACAGCACACAGAACAUAUCCCCUCAUCUCUGCCACCACUGCCAUCUCCUGCCUUGCAGCACGUUGUCAGUCAGCCACACCGUCCUGGAGAACUGUGUGAACGCACAGUGCAAGGUGAACCCACAGCAGCAUCCUCACGCCAGCAGCCGAGUCAGCGGUGGAGAGUGCGACACAUUCUGGGCAUGGACAGCACAGAGGCGGAUGGAGCGCCUCGGACGGAAGAGGCACAUUCGUGGGACAGCCCUCAGCAGCAACCUCAGCAGCCCCGACGAGAGUUUGAGUAUGAGCGAGAGCGAGAGUCAGAACAGGAACAGCACAGGUUAGGACAGAGUCAGAGUGGGUUGUGUUGCGAGGCAGAUGGCUUGAGGCAACACAGCACAGUCGGAGCAGUACCAGAGGAGCACCAAAUCUUUUCGCCACGACGUCAGUGCUCUUAUCAGCGACAUCAACUAGCGCAACAAGAGAGUUCGGAACAGACAGCAGCAUCAGCAAGCCAGUUAGGAGAGGAGGGUGAGCAUGCCAAUAAGAGACAAUGCACAACAUCUUGGACCCAGCGACAAGCACACCAGAGAGCCGCGCAGCAACAUCUUGAGCUUUGUCGCGGUGUUGCACCGCAGGUGUUGCCGGAUGAAGUGUCGCAGCCGCCCGUGACAGUGACCCGGAAUGUGGAACAACAACAACAACAGCAGCAGCAGCAGCAGCAGCAGCAACAACAGCAGCAACAGCAGCAACAGCAGCAACAGCAGCAACAGCAAGCAGCCCACGAUGCACACAGCGAGCAGUCAUCCUCAGCAUCAAUCCCGUGGCAGGUUCAGCAGCACAGGCGGUUGCGGGAGCUGCAAGAGCUGCAGGUUGUCAUCAUGCAGUGCCAAGAACAUAUCCGACAGCAGAUGAACAACCCACCGCCAAGUGAACUCGGGAAGCAUGGCCAGCAUCAGCCACAGAAGAGCCAACAUGCAGCACAUGACGCAAGCUGUAGCUUUCCUCUGUCUAUUAACAAAGUCGCAGCUGCCGCAUUGGCCGGUACAGGGCAGAACGAUGUGCAGAUGGGCUUGCGCAUGGGGGCUCAUCUUGGGCUGUCUUUGCAGCAACAGCAACAGCAACAGCAACAGCAACAGCAACAGCAACAGCAACAGCAACAGCAACAACAACAGCAACAGCAGCAACAGCAACAGCAACAGCAGCAACAGCAACAGCAACAGCAACAGCAACAGCAACAGCAACAACAACAGCAACAGCAACAGCAACAGCAACAGCAACAACAACAGCAACAGCAACAACAACAGCAGCAACAGCAACAGCAAAGGCAAGCCCAACCCUCGACACCACCCGAUGCUGCAACGCGCACGGUAUUUCAACGGCAAGGACCUGUGCUUGCUCCGUUUGGUGUUCAGGGUGUCGUCGGUCCAUCGCAAGAGCGCUUGCAACAGGACAUGCAGGGCCGUUCAACGGCAGCGACAACGACAACCGUAACCCCUGUGCACUCACGCAGUUUCUCGCCCCAAUCAGACACAACGGGGGAGUUAGUCUGGCCUGAGCUUUGUGACACGGGCCCUCUGCCCGGCACAGCGACUACCAGCACCACCGCAACCGCAAACAGAGCCUGUGACAGCGGUCAGCAGCCUGUUAAUUCGACUUCGCUCGUGCCCACACAUCAGCAACACUCGACCAGUGCCACCAUCGCGACGCGUUCAACCAACAACCAGCAAUCACACCCUCCCUCAGCACCCUCGCCUGCCAUUCCCAGCGGCCGUCCCACGCGCUCGCUUUUCGACACACGUGGUAGCGAGGCCAGUGGCGGUGAUGACAGGGACGACGUGUCCUCUCUGGAGUCGGAGGUUGUGUCGACACAGGGUGUUGGUGUACCCCCUGAGCUUGCAGCGAACACGGAGGUGAUGGGCGCCCUGCUGGCGGCAUAUCAGCUUCAAGUUCUGGCCCAGCUCUCCUCCGCCCGCGCGUCCCUGGCGCUGGGACCCCAAGCUGUGCCUUUACCGAGCGGCGCCGUCACCAGAACCGGUGGUGGGCAGCGCGCCCUGUCAGCGCAUGCUGUCAAGUGCCGCGUGUGCCAGCACAUCUUCACUUGCAAGACGCGCAUCAAUCAAAGACAAUCGUGUCGCAAGUGCUACAGGCAAACGCCUUCAGCUUCCAACACGGCCACAGUCGAGGAUUUCAUCCAAGUCGUGCAACACUUGGACAAGGGGGCUUGUCGAUGCCGGGGCCAGACGUUGAGAAUGAUUCGCGAGGAAGAGCUACUACCAGUCUUGCGUUUUGUCAAUUCUUCCCCGACGCCGUCCAAUCACGUGAGUGGAGUGCUUGUGAUGUUCGAAUAUCAACAGAACGGGGGCGCCGAAGCAGUGACACGACGUGCACCCUCAAGUGUACAGUGGGUGCAAGGUUUGGGCCUGCCGAGUGCUGUGAACAGACCCAACAAUCUCCACACGCGCCUCUACGCCAGCUAG